CAGAGAUAAGAAAAUGCUUCAAAUGCUCUUAGUUCAUGCCUUCCCUUUCCUGCUCCUCUACUUUCUCUUCCUCUUCAUCAAUAAAUCCCAAAAAAAAAAACAUAGAUUGCCACCUUCACCAUCAAAACUUCCUAUCAUUGGAAACCUCCACCAACUAGGCCUAUUACCACACCGAACACUCCUUGCUUUAUCUCAACGCCAUGGCCCGCUCAUGCUAUUGCACUUCGGCAGCAAACCAACCCUUAUAGUCUCAUCAGCCGACCUGGCUCGCGAGAUCAUGAAAACCCAUGAUCUCAUCUUCUCUAGCAGACCUGACUUAAGCAUCGCUAGAAGAUUGUUGUACAAUCACAAGGACCUUGCCUUCACACCCUACGGCGAGUAUUGGCGACAGGCACGUAAGAUAAGUGUCCUUCAACUUUUGAGCAGCAAGAGAGUUCAAUCUUUCAGGUCAGUGAGGGAAGAAGAGGUGACACUAUUGAUGGAAAAAAUAAGACUUUCAUGCUUGUCUUCACCUUCUUUGGUGGAUCUUAGUGGAACAUUUGGUUCUUUAACUAAUGACAUAAUUUGUAGGGUGGCACUGGGAAGGAAGUAUGGUGGAGAUGUGGAGGGGAAGAGGUUUGGGGAGAUGAUUCGUGAAUUCACUACUCUUUUGGGUGUCUUUAAUGUGAAGGACUUCAUACCAUCGCUUGGUUGGGUGAAUUAUUUGAGUGGAUUGGAUGCAAGGGUAGAGAAGAACUUUAGAGAAAUAGAUUGUUUUCUUGAUAGAGUAAUUGAUGAUCACAUCCAAUAUCAGAGAGGAAUGGAUGGGGGUUGUAGUGGUGGUACUGAUGGUAAUGGUCCAGACUUUGUGGAUUUCUUGCUUGGGAUUCAAAAAGAUGAUAGUUUUGGAAUUAUCAUUGAGAGAGACCACAUUAAAGCUAUAAUUCUGGACAUGUUUGCUGCUGGAACAGAUACCACUUAUACAGUUCUAGAAUGGACAAUGGCAGAGCUCCUGAGACAUCCAGAAGUAAUGAAAGAAGUACAGGAUGAAGUAAGGAAGAUUGGAAAGGGUAAAACAAACAUUACUGAAGAUGAUUUAGAGCUAAUGCAGUAUAUGAAAUCAGUAAUCAAGGAGACACUAAGAUUGCAUCCUCCAAUUCCAUUAUUGGUACCACGAGAAUCCAUGGAGGAUGUCAAAAUACAAGGGUAUGAUAUUCCAGCCAAGACGACGGUGAUCAUCAACGCAUUGGCGAUUGGAAGGGAUCCCAGUUGUUGGAAAGAAGCAGAGAAGUUCAAACCAGAGAGGUUCUUGAAUGGUGCUGCUGCUAGCACUGUUGAUUUCAAAGGUCAUGAUUUUCAAUUCAUUCCAUUUGGGGCAGGUAGAAGAGGAUGUCCUGGCAUUGAAUUUGCAAUUUCUGUUAAUGAACUUGCACUGGCAAAUAUUUUGCACAACUUUGAUUGGGCAUUGCCUGAUAGCAUGGAUUUAGAUAUGACAGAAUGUUCGGGAUUAACAGCUCAUCUUCAAUCUCCUCUUCUUGCUAUUGCAACUCCUCAUUAUUAUUACCAGUGAUCAGAAGGAUCCAUCUAGUUGUUGUUUGAUGUUGAGACU